AUGUGGCUGCUGUUUGUAACAAGUGUGAUAGCUACAUUUGGAGGCGCACACGGCCUGUUUGGAAAACCGGCUCCUAAAAACCCUGAGGCAAACAUGAAUAUUAGUCAGAUGAUAACUUACUGGGGAUAUCCAAGUGAAGAGUAUGAAGUUAUUACUGAAGAUGGCUACGUUUUGGGGGUCUACAGAAUUCCUUAUGGGAGGAAAAUUUCAGAGAAUAUAGGCAAAAGACCUGUGGUGUUUUUGCAGCAUGGUGCGAUUGCAUCAGCCACAAACUGGAUUGAAAAUCUGCCAAACAACAGCCUGGCCUUCAUUCUGGCAGAUGCUGGCUAUGAUGUGUGGCUGGGGAAUAGCCGAGGAAAUGCAUGGUCCAAGAAAAAUUUAUAUUUUUCACCAGGCUCAGCUGAAUUCUGGCAUUUCGGCUUUGAUGAGAUGGCUAAAUAUGACCUUCCAGCCACAAUAGACUUCAUUGUGCAAAAAACCAGACAAAAGAAGAUUCACUAUGUCGGUCAUUCCCAGGGCACCACUAUUGGUUUUAUUGCCUUUUCUACCAAUCCUACACUGGCUGAAAAAAUCAAGAUGUUUUAUGCAUUAGCUCCAGUUGCUACUGUGAUAUAUUUGCCAAUUCCUCUCAAAGCACUUACAGUUAUUCCUGAACCUAUUGUCAAGAUUAUACUUGGUAACAAAAUGUUCCCACCACACAACUUCUUACAUCAAUUUCUUGAUCACGAAGUGUGGUCACGGGAGCUGAUAGAUCAUCUCUGGAGCAACGCUUUGUCCCUCAUAGGUGGAUUUGACAUAAAGAACUUAAAUGUGAGUCGUUUUGAUGUGUAUCUCGCACAUAAUCCAUCAGGAACGUCGGUUCAAAACAUGCUCCAUUGGAUCCAGGUUGCUAGAUCUGCUAAAUUUCAAGCCUAUAACUGGGGAAGCCCAGCAAUGAACAUGUUACACCACAAUCAGAGAACGCCUCCCGAGUAUGAUGUGUCAGCCAUGACUGUGCCAAUCGCAGUGUGGAAUGGUGGCAAGGACAACCUGGCUGAUCCCAAAGACGUUGAUAUGCUGCUUCCCAAACUCUCCAACCUCGUUUACCAUAAGGAGAUUCCUUACUACAAUCACUUCGACUUUAUCUGGGGAAUGGAUGCUCCUCAAGAGAUUUAUGAUGAGAUGCUUUCCAUGUUAGCAAAAGACUAA